AUAGUUUAGAUGGGCGUAGUGUUGGAUGGCGGACCCACGCAACGUCAUCUCUAGGGUCCCAAUACCUCCCCCAGCCUGGUGAGUGGUGCCUGCCAUUUCCUUCACGUAGACCUAUUUCCAAAGCGACUUGCGUUGCGCGUCAAGGACCCGGACCCAGACCCAAAAAUCCAAACCUCGCUCCUCCUCCUCCUCUAGCCCAACACUCGGUUCUUUAAUAGCGUGCUUCCCCUUGGCGGGGCGCAUCCAAAACGCCCUCACCUCUAUAUUCAGUCUUCUCUCUCCAAAUUUUGAUGUCCCCGCCUUUGUGACAGCUUCGACUUUCGAAAUAGACAAGCGCUACGACAGAGAGAUCGGCCGACAGGUUGCGUCGGGGAAAUCCAAACAUGAAAGGACUUGUUCCAGGUCGCCGUCGGGCAACCUCGAAUGCCAACGGAACGGUCGAGAUCCUUCGGCAUAAAUUGGGAGGCAGUCGCUCUUCCAACGAUGGCUCGCAGCCAGAUACGAUCGAGGAGGACGUCACGGUAGUUGAAACGGACCAGGGGAACGUCCUGGGGCACAUCAUUUCCCAGCUGAGGCCCGGCGCCGACCUCAGCAGAGUCGUCCUGCCCACAUUCAUUCUCGAGCCCCGCAGCAUGUUAGAGCGGAUAACCAACUUUAUGUGUCAUCCCGAAAUGCUUUUGCCAAUCCCAAAGAUCGAUGAUCCUGUCCAAAGAUUUGUCUCAGUGGUCAAGUUCUACCUGAGUGGUUGGCAUAUUCGUCCUCCAGGGGUCAAAAAGCCACUGAAUCCCAUCCUGGGCGAGAUAUUCACCUGUUACUGGGAUUUCCCUGACAAAACAAGGGCCUACUACGUCUCCGAACAAACCUCGCAUCACCCGCCAAAGUCGAGCUAUUUCUACAUGGUCCCGGACCACCAUAUUAGGGUCGACGGGACGCUUAAGCCUAGGAGCAAGUUCUUGGGGAAUUCUGCUGCCAGCUUGAUGGAAGGGACAGCGAUCUUAACUCUCUUGAAUAGGGGUAAGAACCCGGCAAAGGGAGAACGAUACAUUCUCACUCAGCCCAACAUGUACGCAAGGGGGAUCUUGUUUGGGAAAAUGAAGUACGAGCUUGGAGACCACAGUUUUGUGCGGUGCCCCGAGUUGGGCUUGGUUGCCGAUAUCGAUUUCAAGACGAAAGGCUGGGUUAGCGGGACCUACAACGCCAUUGGGGGGAAUAUCAAAGACGAAAAGACGGGCGAGAUCCUCUACGAGCUUUCAGGCCUGUGGAACGAGGAGAUGUUCAUUAGAGACAUCAAGACGGGGCAUAAAGAGAUGUUUUUUAAUGCCCUACGAGCGAAGCAUUCCCCGCCUCUAUGCCGGCCGCUCGAGGAGCAGGACGACAGGGAAUCGCAGAAGCUGUGGGCCAAGACGGCGCAAGCCGUCAAGGAUAGGAACCACGAAUUGGCUACCGAUGAGAAAACCAAGGUCGAGGACAUGCAGCGGGAGGAGGCUGCCAAAAGAGCCCAGGACGGGGUCGAAUGGCGCCCACGGCUGUUUAGGAUGGUUAGAGGGGGUCCCAAUGGCCCGGAAGAAGGCGAGGAAGAUCUCGAGUGGAUAAUCAGCGCACAAAUAGAUGGAGCGACGCCCGAAAAACAGGUAGCACAAAUCAUGGCUAUCUACCCUAUUGUCAAAGGCCAGAAAUGGGAAAAUCCAAUGGUGAUACCCUCCAGGGGCUCCAUGUCCAGACCCACCAGCAGCUCCGCGAGCGUGCCUCGAAAGGGCAGUUUCAGCCAGGGCGAUGGCGACCUGAUAGACUUUGGCCAACGAGACUCGUCGUCCACUGGGCAGAAACAAGCACCGCCUCCACUUGAUCCUUCUCACAGGAGCACAACCGAGAUCCAGACACUACUCUCAGCUACGGGUCGAACGGACGCUCACGGCGGCGGCCCUCUCAUCGAUUUCCACGAAGAUCUGAAGAGCAGCUUGCCGGCCGACCUGAAAAGGACGGACACGGAUGAGUCAAACGACGAGUUUGUCGACGCUCAGGGAUAGGUUCUGUUGAGAGCAGCUGGGUAGCUCCCAUCGAUUCACAGUUCUGUCGCAUGGAAUUGGCGGGGAUGCCUAUAAAAACGGAGCAUUUGGGGGAAAUAGGGGGGGUAAAGGAGGGGGAGGUGAGAAGGAAACAACAAUGGAUAGUUCAAUUAACGGUUUAGGUCCCAGCUAGCUGUUUUUGCGAAAUUAUUUUGACGACGACUACGGCCGUGUUAGUGUUGCUAGGUAAAGGGGGGCCGUUGGCAUGGAUGAUACCUCGGUAGCUGCAUUUCACUCUCUCCUCUCCCUCUACAUGCCCGCCCGGUCUCUUACGUGUGUUUGCGUUACGGAUAGGUUUCUAGUAGCCUUACCCUCUUGUACAUACGAGAAAGGAUGCCCUUGUAGAUCUGAUGAAUGUAUACAGUAAGCACUUGUAUCACAGUACUACAACUUGGAAGAAUAAAAUGAAUCAAGCU